AUGGAAUUUAUGUUCAGCUCUGUACUCACGAUCAUAUAUCUGGUUGAAAACAUUGCCGGGUUGGUGUGCAGUGUGUUCAUCAUUUCAGUGAAUUGCUAUUGCUAUAUAAAAGGGCAAGGUUUGAACCCUAUCGACCAGAUUAUCGUCUGCCUCACCUUUUACGACGCCAUCUUCUCUGGCUCCAAUGGGGCUUCCAUCCUCUGCUCUGUUCUUCUCCCAAACGCAACCUCUGUGGACAAAAUCCUCAGCUGUAUCUCGAUUUUCUCAGUACUCUCAUGCGCUUGGUUCAACGCUUGUCUGUGUUGCUACUUCUUUGUCAAAAUCUGUGACCACAAACUUGGCUUCCUUGCCCAGCUCAAGAGGAACAUUGACCCCCUGAUGCCCAGGAUCAUUUUGGCCAUUCACUUUCUACCCAUCGCUAGCACCUUAGUUACCAGUUUGAGUUCUAAUGGAGUAUACACGGCCAAUACUACAGCUCCAGCCUUGCAGAAGUCCUUCUUUACUUAUAGUGGGGAAAAUGUCUCCAUUGCUUUUGCUUUGAUGUUUAUCAACUGCGGUAUUCCCACCCUGAUUGUAACAGUCACCACAGCCCAUAUCAUCGUGUCUCUGUGCAAGCACACUCGUCAUAUGCAGGAGAAUGUGGGGGACGCUGGUGGCCCCAACCUGAAGGUUCUCCGAAGAGCUGCUUAUACCAUGAUAUGUCUCCUUAUAUUUUAUAUUAUAGCCUGUGCUGUAUUAAUAAUUGUCUUGCUAUCUCAGGACCAAAGGGUACAUUACAUCAAUUAUCUGAUGGGUUAUGCUUUACCCUCUGCAGAGGGCGCCAUUUUAAUCCUUGGAAACAACAGACUGAGGGGGGCAUGUUUACACAUACUGCACAAGUACAGGGCAAAAAGUAACCAUGGAGGUGAAGGAGUAAGCACUACAGGAGCAUCCCAACCUGCUUCGUGA